AAAACACUUCAUGUUCUUCUUCGUUUGAUUACCUUAUAUAAGGAGAAGGGAACUUGCUUUUUGGAUCGUCCGAAACAGAAAUGACCAUGCGUAAGAAGAAGAAUGGCAUUAUGGGUCUUAAGAUUGUGGGUGAGAUGCUGCAGAAGAGCCUUUCAAUGGCAUUCAGUGAGUCUGACAAUGAAUCUUCGUCUGAGACCAUAAAGGGAGGACAUUUUGCAGUGAUUGCAAUGGAGAACGAGAGACCAAAGAGAUUUUUUGUUCAUCUGAGUUACUUGAACGACCCUGCAUUUCUGACUCUGUUAGAACAUGCAGCUGAGGAGUUCGGAUUUGUUCAGAGAGGAGCCCUCUGCGUGCCUUGCAGUUGGAGCGAUAUGGAGAGUAUUUUGGCCAGAAAAUAGUACAAGAAUAGAGAGCCUGUUGAAAGUGAGAGCAACCUUUAAUGGAUAUUGCAUAUUUGUGUAUAGAACCAUGCUAUUGCCUCUAAUGUUAUUUCCGUUUCUUUCCGUUCUUUCACUAUUUUUUUUUUUUAACCCUUUUUUAUUUUUGAUGACUAUAAAUUUUUUAAAUGUAA